UUACUUAGCUAUUGCACCUGAAAAAAGGAAGAGGUGCCUAAAGCCCUGCCUGGCAUUCCUUUUCCAUUUGGUUUUUAAAGAGCCUUCUAAGUCAGGGGCCCUUUUUGGUCCAAUUAUGAAAAUAUUCAUUGUACUAGCACUCUGCUGCAGUUUUUUCUCUAGCAGAGCCACCCCUCUCCCAUUUGAGUUUUCAGACUGUAAUGACCCUGAUGUCUUUAAAGCUGUAGACACAGCACUGAAGAAAUACAAUGGAGACAGAGGAACCGGUAACCAGUUUGCUCUAUACAUGGUGAUGGAAGCCAAGAGAACUGCAGGUCCUGACGCACAAUUCUAUGUGAAGUAUCGAAUACAUGAAACCACUUGUGCCACCGAUGAGAACAAACUCUGGCAAGACUGUGAUUACAAAGCAGCUGCAGAGGCUACAAGAGGAGAAUGCACAGCUCGAGUUCACAUGAAUGAUGCUGAAAAAACAAGUAACGUUUCCCAGAACUGCAGUAUUGUUCCAGCUGCACAAAAAGUGUCACUUACUGAGGCUAGAUGUCUUGGAUGCUUUCAUCAUAUAUCAAGUGACAGUUCAGAAGUCUCAGAAAUUCUGAAAAAAGCCAUUCAGAAGUUUAAUGAGCAGAGUGCUGAACCUGCCAUUUUUAAGCUUGUGGAAGUAAAAGAAGCUCAAAGACAGGUGGUAGCUGGAUGGAAUUACAUAAUUAAAUAUGAAAUCAAGGAGACUAAUUGCACCAAAGACCAAUCACUAGAUUUAACUCCAGAGUGCAAAGCCACUUCUAGAGGUCGUGUUGCAAAAUGUGAUGCCAAAGCAUAUGAAAGUCCUCAGGGGCAGAUCAUAGAUGUUGCACAACAAUGCAGGCUCCCAGUAACUCCGGGCAGGCACACUGGUUGUCCAAAGACUAUCCCAACAGACAGUCCAGAACUGAAGGAACUGCUGAAGGUUGCUGUGGAGAAGUAUAAUUUGGAAAACGAUGAUGACUUCUACUAUAAAGCUGGAGAAAUAACAAGAGCAACAGUUCAGGUGGUUGCAGGAAAGAAGUAUAAUCUACAAUUUGGAGUCCGUAAGACAAACUGCUCAAAGCAAGACUUCGAAAAACUAAAUGAAGACUGUGAAGCCACAGCAGACAGUGUAUCAUUGCCAUGUGAAGCACAAAUUCAUGUAGACCUAAGGGAGAAUAAAAUCUCUCCCCAGAUUAACUGCUCUGUAAAACAGACAAUGAGUUUUCUUCUAAGAAGACCUCCUGGAUUUACACCUUUCCGAAGCUUCGCUGCACAAGAUGAGUCAAAUGAAAUGUUAUGCUCUGAUAAAAAUGAAGAAGAAAGUCAAACACAUGGUGAAGAAACAAUAAAAGAUGGUGGACAGAAAACAAAUGAAGGUGAACUUAAGCAUAAACACAGGCAUAAACUUGGGUAUAAACACACGCAUAAACUUGGGCAUAAACACAGGCAUGAAUGUAAAAAGGAUCACGCUGACAAACGACAUGGGCAUGAAAUUGGUUGUGGGCACAGAACUGGCCAUGGGUGUGGGCAUAAAAAACACAGUAAAUAUGGUCAGAAAUCAAAUGAAAGAGUUUUUAAUCAAAACAAAACUGUCUCAUCAUCCAGUGCUGAAACAGCAUCAGAGCUGGUUAAUUCUGGGGUUGCAAGAAAGGAAACCAGUACACCUGCAGAACCACUAAUUCUUCCUGAUACUUCUUUAUUUAAAUUGCCAGAUGGCCCAGAAUCUCCUCUCCCCAGAUGUCCUGGAAAACCAUGGAAACAAAUGAUGGACCUUCCAGCUCCUAGCUUUCCCACAGAAUUCACAAAUGAGGAUCUCUUGCCUUCUGCAGAAAACAACAAUCCAGGAACAGAAAACUCAACUCCUCCCCAAAAUGAAGAGAAAGACUUUGAUCUCUUAGAUGCUUUACAAUAAUUCAAACAUUGUAGGAUCCUUUUCAGAAGUUACCCACAGGAAAAUAAGAAAAAUACUGCCUAUUGAAAUUUAUAAAAUAUGAAGAAGCAAAAGCUGCUAUGCUGUUAGCUAAGGUACUCUAGAAUGUCAUGAGUGCUCAUGCAGACCUAAGAUCAUACAUCAGUACUCUGUAUUUACAUAUGUUUGCAUAGAUGUAAAUCAGGCAAUGGCACCAGUGAUUUGGAACCAGUCUAAUAAAGGGACUAGGCAAGUCAAUAGUCUUCUGCUACAGAAGUUAAAAUUCUAUCUCAUCUGCCUCAAGUUGCUAUAAGCACAAAGUGAAUCACUACAACAAAUCUCACUGUAUGAAGUUUAAGGAAAUAGCAUAAAGAAUUUUGUAGAUAACAUGAAGAAUGUUAACCAAAUAUGGGUAAGACAAAAGCAAACUUAGAAUCUAGAGCAAGGAUUCCUUUCUUAUAUGUCUGAAAUAGUAUUUCUCUAAUUUACUGAAGUGAAUCUUUUAAAGAACAAAAUAAAGGAACCAAAUUUACCUGACAAUCUCUUUAAGCAAAUUAAUAUUGCCACUGUUGUUCUGUUCUGUUGAAUGAGAUAACAGAGAGAUUAACAGGGAGAGCUGAGAAAAUCCUAAUUAAAGCAGCUUUAUUAUUCCCUAUGAGUAUUAUGUUAACUACAUAGUAGAGGCACUAUGACUGACAAAAUUUCAUGUGGCAGAGGUGCAUAAACACUACAGAUUUGAUGACAAAAUUGCAAACACUUGAGUUACCUAGAAAUUGCCUGCCUUCUUCCAUGAUUAGGUUGUGCAUAAUUUAGAGACUGGAUUGAAUUUUCUAUUCUAGGUAUCUAUCAAAGGUUGAGUUUUGGUGAGAUACAUGAGCUAAAAAGCACCCAAUAUUUUUAGCAAAUUAAAAUGUGAAUGGGAUGGAGAAGUGACAUGGUGGAGGUAGCAUGGCCAAGGAGCAAAAAAGGACAGAAACUGGAGAUGGGACGUAGGAUAAAAAUAAGAAGCAAAAGACCUGUGCAGGAGAGUCUCUCCCAUCAUGACAAGACGGUCCCCUACACAUCACAGAACUAGACUCAUACUUCCUGAAUCUAAACAUUCCCUGACAGCGCAGCACACUUCCCCUCUCCAGUGCCUGGUUCCUUCAGAUGUAAACAACCUUCUGUGUUCAGUUACUUCCCCAGCUGACAUAGCAGAUAACCAUAUUGUGAUCAAACAAACUCAGAACUGCUCAUAACCCAUGUUCAGGGAGAAUCACUAUUACUUUGUGCAAUUUCUUUUUCUUUAUUUUUACUAAUUCACUAAAAGCUACAUUAAAAUGAUAUUUUAAAAGUCACAUAGUCCAAAAUUAGCACAUAUCAAGCACUAAACUUGCAAAGCUGGGCAAAUGAAAGCCUUGAGAGUCAUCUGUAGCUCUUUGCUUCUUUUCUUUUUUCUGAAUAUUGACUGGUAUGAUUUUGACUACAACUGGUAAUUCUUUGUGUAUGCUGUAUUAUUAAAAGGAGCAUAAGAUAAAUUUUUCUUUAAA